CUCUCUCUUUUUUAAGGGGAUCUGCCAUUGCAAAAAUCUUAGGCCAAAAUACCAAAAGCUCCAACCGGUUUGACCCAGUUGUCAAGAUGUGGGUAUUUGAAGAACUAAUCAAUGGUCGAAAACUCACCGAGAUCAUUAACCAAGAACAUGAAAAUGUGAAAUAUCUCCCAGGGCAUAAAAUACCUCCAAACGUGGUUGCUGUACCAGAAGUGGUAGAAGCAGCAGAGGAAGCUGAUAUUUUAAUAUUUGUCGUACCUCAUCAGUUUAUUCCCAAAAUUUGCGAGCAACUUACUGGUCACAUAAAAGCAGGAGCAAUUGGGAUUUCACUGAUCAAGGGUAUAGACGAAGGCCCUGAAGGACUGAAACUCAUCACCGACAUCAUCCGAGAGAAACUGAAGAUAGAUAUGAGCGUGCUCAUGGGUGCCAACAUUGCCAAUGAAGUGGCAAAUGAAAUGUUCUGUGAAACUACCAUCGGUUCUAAAAAUGCUAAAAAUGGGAAGAUCUUCAAAGAAUUAAUGCAAACCUCAAAUUUCAGAAUUACUGUGGUGGAUGACUGUGACACCGUGGAACUCUGUGGUGCCUUAAAGAACAUUGUGGCUGUUGGAGCUGGCUUCUGUGAUGGGCUGGGCUUUGGGGACAAUACCAAGGCAGCUGUGAUUCGCCUGGGCCUGAUGGAAAUGAUUGCCUUUGCUAAAAUCUUCUGCAAGGGCACAGUCUCCAUAAAUACAUUUCUGGAAAGCUGUGGGGUUGCAGAUCUGAUUACCACAUGCUAUGGGGGACGUAACAGGAAGGUGGCUGAAGCAUUUGCACGUGGAGGAAAAACAAUUGAACAGUUGGAAAAAGAAAUGUUGAAUGGACAGAAGCUACAAGGACCUCAAACAUCAGCUGAAGUCUAUAAGAUCCUGAAGCAGAAGAAUUUGGUUGACAAGUUUCCACUAUUCGUAAAUAUCUACCUAAUCUGCUACCAAGGAAAGUCAGUCAAAGAGUUCAUCACUUGCCUGCAAAAGCAUCCGGAACAUAUGUAAGAUCCAAUGCUGCAACUAACCAGUAUAGUCUGUCUCGACUCAAGAUUUGUCAGCCUGACAUGGAGAACAAAGCCAGCAAGCAAGGUGUCUGUCAACUUGACAAUGGAGAAUUAAAGCAAGCGUGCAACAUGCAAACAAAAAAAAAAAAACAAAAGCCCCUGGUAUUAACUUAAUUGUGGUCUUAAGGGAAAUUACUCUGUAUUCCUUUUGUGUAACCAUCUGCACCGAGUGUGAAGACAAAAUAUUAUUAUGCAUUUCUGUAUUGACUUCAGGACCCAAGUAUAGAAGACUCUGAAGUGGGAAUGUCAUUUUCAUCACUCAAGUUCCAUCCGUAUAAAGCUGAACUUGCAGAGAGUCAAUCAUAUACGUUUAGCUGUUGUGAGAAUUGUUCAGACUUUUGUGCUGAACACCUGGUAAUUGCAUAACUUUUAUCAAGAGCCACAUUUCUUAAUUCAGCUUGAGUGAAGUAGAAUUUAAAACUAGAUAUUUGUGGUAGAAGAAAUGAUUACAGGUAGCCCUUCGUUACAACCACUUAUUCAACAACCAUUCAAAAUUGUGUCGGUGGUACUUAUAUAACCAGACCUUGAAGUUCUGGCCAUCCCAGCACCCCAACGAUCACAAGAAUGUCAUUUGGGUGCUUGGCAACCAGUUCGCAUUUAACAAUGGUUGCAGCAUCCCACUGUCAUGUAUUCACAAUCUGUGUCCUUUUCCCUGCUGGCUUCCUAUAA